AUGCCGCUUCCCGUCAUUGUUGUAACGUGCGUUACCUACAUUGCUCUCUUUGCUGCCCUGCUCGUGGUUCACCUUUCCGUGCCUCACUAUCCCGCGUCCACCCCAGCAGGAAUAAACCUGACCCAAGGAUGGCUGGAUCUGGAAACCAUAACACAACGCUACCAUCCAUACAACAGCCACGCCAAUGAUGAUGUCCGGAAAUACCUCUUAUCGCGCGUCCAGGACAUUGUAGCUUCUAAAAACCUUGGCAGCGACCGUGUCUACAUCAUCGACGACAAUGUUUCCAACGUCACCUUUUCCUCGUCCAGUACCACUGUCUACUUCGAGGGUACUAACUUGAUCGUUGCUAUCCGAGGAUCAGAAGACAAAGAAUCAUCUUGGCCCAGUUCUCAACUACCCCUAAACUCUCCCAGGACGAUAAACAAUGGGGGAGUCCUUGUUAAUGCACACUACGACUCCGUGAGCACAGGCUUCGGCGCUACAGAUGAUGGGGUUGGAGUUGUGUCUGUACUCCAACUUCUUUCCUACUUCACAGACUCACACAACUGGCCCAAGAGAACGGUCGUCCUCCUAAUGAACAAUGGGGAGGAAGAUUUCUUAAACGGUGCAAAAGCAUUCAUGAGACAUCCAAUCUCCCAAGUUCCGCAUACCUUUCUUAAUCUCGAAGGGGCUGGAGCUGGUGGACGAGCAACUCUUUUUCGAAGCACCGAUACUGAAGUCACGAGAUUCUAUCAAAAGUCGAGUCACCCCUUCGGAACAGUUAUAAGCAGCGACGGAUUCAAGAAAAAACUCAUCCGAAGUGAGACCGAUUAUGUUGUAUUCAACGGAGAGCUAGGGUUACGCGGACUUGAUGUGGCUUUCAUGGAACCUCGAGCGCGAUAUCACACCUUCCAGGAUUCCGCCCGCGAGACGUCGAUGAACUCGCUCUGGCACAUGUUAUCUGCUUCCAUAGCAACUGUAUCUGGGCUUGCAUCCGAUAUGAGCUCUACUUUUAGUGGCAGUGGGAAGCCGCGCGAUGAUGGGAAAGUCGAUGCGGGAUCUGGGACCGAUGCAGUGUGGUUUGACCUCUUCGGCAAGGCUUUCGUUAUUUUCCGUCUUCAUACGAUGUUUGCGUUCUCCGUUACGCUCCUCGUCGUUGCUCCCGUAACCUUGAUACUGCUCACUGUGGCUCUGUCCAAAGCCGAUAAGAACUAUCUGUUCGCUAGGAAAAAGUAUAUUCACUCUUCCGAUGAUGACCAGGCCAUUGAGCUCAAUGGAUGGCGUGGUUUCUUCCGCUUUCCAAUUGUCUUCGUCGUGGCUACUGCGGUCGUCGUUGCUUUGGCAUAUCUGGUUGCCAGAGUCAAUCCAUAUGUCGUCUACAGCAGCCCGUUUUCCGUAUGGAGCAUGAUGCUCUCCGCGUGGGUUGUCUUUGCUUGGUUCUUUCUACGAGGGGCGAGUGUUAUGCGACCAUCCGCCCUGCAACGGAUGUACAGCCUGAUCUGGCUGUUCAUCGGAGCAUUUGCGCUACUCAUCUUGGUCACUAUCAUGGCGCAGAAUUAUCAGGUUGCGGGCGGAUAUUUUAUCAUGUUUUACUUUGCGGGAAUCUUCUUCGCACUUCUAAUCUCUUACAUCGAGCUCUUCUUCGUCCCGAGUAAGACCACGUACGUAGGACGUUUUGACAGCGAUGGCAACACUCGCCGCAAUUCGGAAUCCGUCGGUAGUAGGCCCUUAACAGGCACGACUGGUGGCGCUCGGUCCGAGGACCGCCCAAUUCUAGAUGAUGAUGCCACCGAGACUACCUCUCUCCUCCGUGGCGAUCGUCAGAGCUUCGCAAGAUACGGUAGCAGGCGGCAGUCGACCAGUGAGGGCACUGAUCAUGAGGAACGACGUGGUCUGCUGGAUCUGGGGAAGCCGUUCCCAGGAGAGCAAGAGUGGAGCGGUAAGCUGCCAAGCUGGCUUUGGAUCAUACAGUUCCUCCUCUUGAUUCCCUUCGUCAUCAUCCUAGUAGGACAGGUGUCUUUACUUAUGACGUCGGCGUUGUACCAGACUCCUGCAGAUGGAAGCUCCACGCUCUUCAUCUAUAUUGGCUUCGCCGCUCUCGCCACACUCCUCGUUGCACCAAACGGACCCUUCAUCCACCGUUUCACUUACCACAUCCCAACUUUCUUGUUUCUCGUAUGUGUCGGAACGCUCAUCUACAACCUCGUCGCCUUCCCAUUCUCCAGGGAUCAUCGCCUCAAGGUCUACUUCGUGCAGCAGGUCGACUGCGACAGCGGGGUAAAUACGGUUUCUUUGACUGGGCUCGAUGAGUAUGUGCAGAGUAUUGUCAGGGAAAUCCCCAGCGCGCAGGGACAACCCAUGAACUGCACGACACCAGACAUUGCGACUCGCAAGGAAUUAAAGAAAUGCGCGUGGAAUGGGCUGCCGGCUCAGGUAGUGCCGCGACAGGAUGCACCAUUCAGUAACAAGACUUAUCAUGAUACCUGGCUCGAUUAUUCUAUUGUCAAGGGCAAGAAUCCCAAUGAGGCGACAAUUCGCGUUGUUGGGCUGAACACACGCGCGUGUCGUGUCUUUUUCGACUCGCCAAUCGUGGAUUUAGUGGUCGAAGGUGGUGUUUCAGACCCCCGCUUCAAUGCAACUGGUGACACCGGCUCCCGCGAACUGCGCCUUUGGCAUCGCAACUGGUCUCAGCCCUGGAACAUUAGCGUCAAAUGGGAUGGCGACGCGAACUCGACACUUUCUGGAAGAGUCGUCUGUCUGUGGUCAGAUGCGAAUACGGGCGCGAUUCCGGCAUACGAUGAAGUGCUGCAUUAUAUGCCUGUGUGGUCAAUCGCGACGAAACUUGGAGAUGGCUUGGUCGAAGGAUCGAAACGUUUCAAGGUAUAA